UUUAAUAUGGAAGACUUUCCUGAAAGUGUGUUUGAAACAUCACAAUCUAAUCCCAUUUGGAAAGACUUCGAUACUGGUGAAUCCGAUGGUAAAAGUCACUAUGAUGCUCAAUGCAAUAUUCCUGAUAAUUUAAGAUGUUAUUAUUUAAUUAAAGUAGCAAAGCGAAAUGAUAAAAUAAAUGAUUAUAGUGAUAAUGAAAGUUCAUUAUCAUCAUCAACAAAGCCACGUUCAUAUUGUAAACCUAUAUCAAGUGAAAAA